GGGGUCAUCUAAGUCCAUCUGACAGUUGCUUUCAGGUCAUUCCCAGUACCUGAAAGUGAGACCAGAGUCGUCAUGGCGGGACGUCUCCUUCUUCGAGCUUGUACGACAACAUUGCGGCUGAGGAGCAAUGCGGUGGCCAGACCGUUACACCGUGCGAUGGCCACAGAAGGGAUACCAACAGAUGAGGAGCAGGCCACUGGACUGGAGCGACGCGUAUUGAUGGCCUUCAAGGAGGGAAAGGAUCCCUACAGUAUACUGAAGCCCAAGUACUACCCAGGCACCAAGGAGGACCCUCAGCUUGUUCCGUGCAUUGGGGGCAAGAGGCUGGUGGGCUGUCUUUGUGAGGAAGACAACACAGCUAUUGUGUGGUUCUGGGUUCAUGAGGGAGGUUCCCACCGCUGUCCCUCCUGUGGUACCUACUACAAGGCAGUCCCACAUGAAGUGCCCCAUUGAAGCUAAAUUUAAGUGCUCUACUAAUGGGACAACACAUUUGCCUUCUUCAUGACCAUAUAUUGCAAUGUGUGCAUAUCAUUUAACAUGUACAGUUUGUCAUUAAAAUGUCAACCUGA